CAACAGCACAGACAACAGCACAGACAACAGCACAGACAACAGCACAGACAACAGCACAGACAACCGCACAGACAACAGCACGGACACCACCGACCACGACAAAACGACCGCCAACACAACUACCAUCAUUGUCGACAAUACAAAGCCGAACACGGCCACCAUCGACCACGACAAAACGACCGCGAACGCGGCCACCAUCAUCUUGGACAACGCGACCGACGCGGCCGUGGACAGCGCGACCGACGCGGCCGUGGAAAACACGAUCGACGCGACCGACACGACCGCACACACAAAUAACUACCUUGCAAAAGCCUCCAUCAGACGCCGAUUCUAUGCUGAUAAUUCAGGAAAGACCACCGUAUCAGUCAUCAAUAGUUCCAGGGUGUAUAUAUCAAAUAAAUCCAGGUGUUUUUGUCAUCAACGGUGUGCCCAAGCAUGACGUGAAACAUGCUGCGAAGGUCGAUAAAAUCAGAAGGAUAUGGCGUUUUCCCGGUUAUUUGGUUCUGGAAUUCCAGCAUCCGAGGAAAAAAAACGUUUGCAUCCAGGUCGCAGGUUUCAGUACUAGCGAUGUCUAUGUGAAUCCGAAAACGAAAAAGACGUUCUUUAUAUUCGUUGACAACGCAAAGUCAACGUUACUUAUCCCGAAACUAUUACCGCCGCCGAAAAACAAUGUCACUUGCAAUUAUGCUUUCGAUAGAAAAAUCAUAAUUGACAAAUAUUGGAAAAAAUCGCCAUCGGGAUCUGUCGUCGUGAACGGCGUGCCUCCGCACGAUGUGAGAAAUCCGUUAUGGGUAUGGCGCUCACAAAAGUUAGUCGAUUCCGAGGGAAUGUUGGUUCAUCAAUUCAAUCAUCCAUUGGAUCGACAAAAAGUUCAAAUACCGGCGUACGGUACUGACGAAUAUUUCAUACAAGAAACGUCCCAGGUGUUUAUUUUAUUCGUCGACAAUAAUGGCCGAACCGUUCUUCUGUACAAAGGCAUAAUUCAACAGAAUGAAAAAAUAGUAACGUCCAACAAUAUCGUUACGAUGAAAGCAUAUAAAAAGUAUCGGGAAUUUGGCCAGAAAUACGGCUGGGGACUGCUGGUCGUACGUGGCAUUCCGAAAUACAAUCUAACAGCGGCGAAGAGGGUUGACGAAACGAAAACGAUCAUUGACGUCGACGGAUAUUUGGUUACGCAAUUUCAACAUCCCAUCACCGGGCAGCGAAUACAAAUACCGGCUAAUUUGGGCGACGAAUAUGUCAUCCCAUCAAAAUCGAAAGUUUAUCAUAUAUUCGUCGAUGUGGCAAAUCGCACCUUACUCAUUCUCAAGGAUAUCGACAAAAAGAAAUCAAGUUUGGCACGAGAUUGCGUUAACGGAUUCAACGCUAACGUCGGUUUGGCUCUUGUGAAAUAUAAAAAAAUUGCCGAAAACCAGCGUCUGGGUUCCAUAGUUAUCGUCGGACUUCCCAAAUACGAUAUACCGAGAGCCAUUUACGUUAAUCAAACAUACACUUUGAUAGACACCGAUAGUUUUUUGGUGGUUUAUUUCUUUCAUCCAACUACCGGCAAGGGCGUGCAAAUACCAUUCGACGGAGGUGACGAGUACGUACUACCCAAAGAGUCCAAGGUAUACAUCAUAUUCGUUGACUCUGCUGGUAAAACCUUGCUGGUUUUCAAGAAUCGCAAUGUCAAGAAGUACGCACCAGAAGGAAAGCCAAAUGGUACGGUCGUGAUCGGUGGAGUUCCCUCAUACAAUAAAUCCUGUGUUAUAUUCGUCAAUGAAACCGACCGAUUACUUCACUCUCACAAAGUUCCAGUUAUUCAAUUCGUCCAUCCUAUCGCUGGACAGGUAAUGCAAAUACCAGAAAAUGGUGGCGACGAAUAUUUGCUCCCAUCGACCUUGCAGACGUUUGUGAUAUUCGUUGACGCUCAAAAUCGAACGUUGCUUGUUUUCAAAAACAAGUAUAUACCGAAAGAACACAGGUCUGUUGUCGACUCCGGAGACAAAUGUGCCAACGUAUUUUAUGCUAUUCAAAAAUAUAAACAAAUUGCGCGAGACAAAGAAUGGGGGUCGACGGCAGUUCAUGGAGUGCCCAAAUACAAUAAAUCGUGCGUCAUAUUCGUUAAUAAAACCGAAAAAAUACUGGACUCCGACGGUUGUUCGGUCAUUCAAUUCGUCCAUCCGGUUACGCGCCAAACGAUACGAAUACCAGGCCACGGCGGAGACGAGUACGUAGUUCCAUUGCUUUUCAAAACGUUCGUGAUAUUCGUUGACACCAGAGGACGAACUUUGCUCGUUUUUAAGGACAAGCUACCAUUGCGAGAAACCCCCAAGUCCGGUGGUUCGUGCGAUAACAUAAUCGAGGCUCUUGACACAUACCGCAAAACGGAACGAGAAAAAAGACUGGGAUCGAUGGUAAUCCACGGUGUCCCUAAAUACAGCACAUCGAACGCCAUGCUCAUCGAUGAAACACAGAAAAUAGUGAAUUCUCAUAGAUGUGUGGAAAUUCAAUUCGUUCAUCCCAUGACGGAACAGAUAAUACGAAUUCCGUAUUACGGUGGUGACGAAUUUGUGAUGCCAUCGGUUCACAAAAAAUUCGUCAUUUUCGUUGAUCACAGAAAUCAAACUUUACUUAUUUUCAAGGAUACCUACUCUCCGGAGGAACGCCGACCAGGGUAUGGACACGCUGAUACAUGCAAAAACGUCAUUGAUGCUAUGAAUAAACAUCAGCGAAUGGCACGAGAAACUGAAUGGGGAUCACUGGUCAUUCAUGGAGUUCCCAAGUUUACCACGCGUCAUGUUAUAUUUGUGAAUAAAGUGAACAAAACACUGGACUCUGAUGGAUGUUUGGUAGUGCAGUUCGUGCAUCCUAUUACCGGACAGAGAAUACAAGUACCGUAUGACGGGGGUGACGAAUUUUUGAUGCCUUUAAUCUCAAAAAUAUUUAUCAUAUUUGUUGAUAAUAGAAGUCGCACUUUAUUGAUUUUUAAGAGCAAGUUACCGUCGAGUGAAGGAAAACCUGAGAACGACAUGAGCGAUGAAGAUAUAAAAAUGACAAUCAAAAUAUAUGGGGAUAUAGGAAAAGAGAGAGAAUGGGGAUCGGUUGUUAACCAUGGAGUCCCCGCCUACAAUUUAUCGAGUGCGAUAUUUGUGGACAAUACUUAUCGAACUAGAGACUCUAGUGGAUAUUUACUUAUUACUUUUGUUCAUCCGAUCACCGAGCAAACAAUACAAAUACCAUUCUAUGGAGGGGAUCGAUACACAUUGCCGUUCACCACAAAAGAAUACGUUAUAUUUGUAGACGCUAAAGGUCGCGCUUUAUUAAUAUUGAAACCGCAAAAACCUACGCGAACCACCGAACCGAGUAAACAUCAAAAUAUCAGUCCGGCCUUGAUGAAAUAUCGAGAACUGGCUGAGAAAAAUAAAUGGGGAUGGUUGGUAAUUCACGGCCUUCCUAAGAACGACAUUCCGAGCGCAAUAUUUGUUAAUAAAACUGAUAAACUAGUUGAUCCGGAUGGAUUCUUGAUAAUUCAAUUCGUUCAUCCGAUUACGGGACAAAAAAUAAAAAUACCAUACAACGGUGGCGAUGAAUACGUACUGCCAAAAACAUCAAAAGUGUACGUCAUAUUCGUCGAUGUCAAAGGCAGGACCUUACUUGUUCUCAAGAAAGAAAAUCCAUUGAAGGGAACUAAACCACCGACUGAUCGUGAUCAAUCGAAGCUAAACGUUAGCGCCGCCAUAAAAAAAUAUCGAGAAAUGGCUGAGAAAAAAAAAUGGGGAUGGAUGGUAAUUCGCGGCCUUCCUAAGAACGACAUUCCGAGCGCUAUGUUUGUUAACAAAACUGAAAAACGAGUUGAUCCUGAUGGUUUCUUGAUAAUUCAAUUCGUUCAUCCGAUAACGGGACAAAAAAUACAAAUACCGUACAACGGUGGCGAUGAAUACGUACUGCCAAAAACAUCAAAAGUGUACGUCAUAUUCGUCGAUGUCAAAGGCAGGACCUUACUUGUUCUCAAGAAAGAAAAUCCAUUGAAGGGAACUAAACCACCGACUGAUCGUGAUCAAUCGAAGCUAAACGUUAGCGCCGCCAUAAAAAAAUAUCGAGAAAUGGCUGAGAAAAAAAAAUGGGGAUGGUUGGUAAUUCACGGCCGACCUAAGUACGACAUUCCGAGCGCUAUGUUUGUUAACAAAACUGAAAAACGAGUUGAUCCUGAUGGUUUCUUGAUAAUUCAAUUCGUUCAUCCGAUAACGGGACAAAAAAUAAAAAUACCAUACAACGGUGGCGAUGAAUACGUACUGCCAAAAACAUCAAAAGUAUAUGUCAUAUUCGUCGAUGUCAAAGGUCGGACUCUUCUUAUUAUUAAAGACAAUGUUCAACCAUUUAUUCAGCCAAAAGUACCGAACAAAAGCGAGAGCUCUAUGGAUUAUAAGAAAGCGCACAACAUCUCCAGACCGGAAAAAUUCGGUCAAGUUGUUAUCAACGGAUUACCAAAAUAUGAUUUAUCUAAAGCGAUAUUCAUAUCCGAUGCACAAAAAUUAACCGAAGAAGAUGGAUUGCCCGUGCUUGCAUUCAUCCAUCCUUUAACCGGUCGAGAAAUUCAUAUACCGUCACAAGUUGGAGAUGAAUUUAUUUUCCCAAAAACACACGAGCUCUAUGUCAUAUAUGUCGAUGCUCAAGGUCGAACUUUAUUAAUUCGUAAAGAAACCGAUUCGGGGCCACAAACGAUUUCGCGCCAUCCAGAAAAUAUCAAUUUCACAACGAAACAGAAAGUCCCUACAGUUUUAAGUCAGUGGUUAGAAAUAUCAAUGGAAAAAGGAUGGGGUUGGCUAGUAGUGAAGGGAGUCCCUAAAUAUCGUUUGUCCCAAGCUAUCUUCGUCACGAAGACGAAGAAAUUAGUUGACAAACGCAACGUCGAAUGGAUUCGAUUUAAACAUCCGGUAACCGGGCAAAUCAUUCAAGCCCCGUUAGUUGGCACCGACGAAUAUGUAUUACCGAGUACGUCACAAGUUUUCCUCAUUUUCGUCGAUUUCCAAAAACGUACGUUAUUAAUUUUCAAGGGCAAGCACAAAAUCGUGCAGAAUAUUGGAUGGGGUACCCUGGUCGUAGGGGGAUUCCCAAAAUACGAUCUAUCAUCGGCGUUAUAUGUGAUGGAGAGAAAAACGUUGAUCGAUGAAAAUGGGAUGUUGAUGUUAGAAUUCGUACACCCAGUGUCCAAGGAAAAAGUUCGCAUGCCGUUUGUCGGUUGUGACGAAUACGUGGAUCCCCACAAGCUCAGAGUUUUCCUCAUCGUUGUUGAUUCGCACAGCAGAACGCUUUUAAUUUUCAAGAGGCUCGCCCCCGGUGAGCCGAAUUAUCAAAAUCACGAAAAACUAGACAUUCUCACCAAGGAAUACAACGCCAUGGCCCAAGAGAAUGGUUGGGGUUACCUAGUGGUCAAGGGAUUCCCGAAAUACGAUUUGUUGCACGCACUAAUCGUGACGAGGGCUCAAACAAAAUUGACGAAGAAGGGCAUAGUGAUGUUGAAAUUUCUGCACCCGAAAAGCAAACAAGAAAUUAUGGUGCCUUUCCAAGGAGGUGACGAGUACGUGGACCCGCUCACUUUGAAUGUCUACAUCAUUUUCACUGACGCCCAAGGGAAAACGCUCUUAAUCUUCAAGGGUACCAAGCCUCCUUCAACUUUCCCACCGUCGAGCGAACCACCUUUGGACCCGAGCGUCGAUAACAGUGAUCCCCCUUACAACACAUCGAACGCAAUUUAUGUUGCACCGACAGAGUGGAAAGUCGACCAGAACGGGAGUCCGACGAUCCAGUUCGUCCAUCCGAUAACUCAUGAACCAAUCGAAAUCACAGGCGAUCGAGAUGACGAGCACGUCGAUCCGGAAACUGGUAAAGUGUUUAUUACUUUUAUCGAUCGUCUGGGUCGUACGCUGCUCAUUCCCAAAGACAAAAGCAGCUCUCCUGCCGGAAGCACUCGGCUUCCCGCGGAUCAGAAAAAUGAGUACGUUCGCGAUGGCGGGUCGAACCUUCCGCAGGAGUUCCAACGAACUCAAAUCAAUAUCAACAAGAACAUAAACAAAAAUGUAUUCUUACCUCGCUGACAACUCUCCAGUGAAAUGGAAAUCCAUACUCUGUUCCGGGGAUAUUCCGUGAAGACGGCAUUGAAAGAGUGUUUCGAAUGUCUUAUCUCGUGGUAUCUACAACGCUCGGCUCUGUAUUUCCUGUCUUCGAAAAAUCAAUAAUAAUUUAUUUACCAACUUAA